AUGCUGGCGUGCGUUUAUCCGGCGGAGAACUUCAAAUCGAAGGCCGUGACGGUGAAGCUCCGUCACGGAAGAUCGAGGAAGAAGCCGAAGCUUCUGUCUGUGAAGGAGAAACCGACGAAUCCGAGGCAACAGGAUGCCAACGACAACCCUAAGAGCGAGAACGAGUUACCAGUGGGCGGGGGUGGUGCUGUGCUGGUGCUCAGCGAGCUUGAAAGCAUGGCAGCCAGGCAACAGCGGGAAAUUGCCCAGCAAAGGCGCCUCCUGGAGCAGAGAGAGGCCCGUCUAGCCGUGCUUCGAGGCGCACAGGAUCCAGCACAGCAGGACAAACUCGCCAGAUUGAGGCACAGGCUGGACCAACAACAAAGCAAGCUGAAUCGGCUGCGAUUGCUCAGGUCGCAGACCGACCAGUCACGUGCCAAGAACGCCACGCUGACCUCGGACCUGGACUGCAUAAGGGCGUUGUUCAACGAGAAAGAGAAGGAGCUCUCUUUGGCGGUGGCGAAGGUCGAGGAGCUAACGCGACAACUCGAGGAGCUCAGGGGCAGGCAGAACGGUGCUGGGACCGGAAGUGGAGGCGGUGGCGCCGGUGGCGUCGGUGGUGGAGGCGUUGGCGGCGCCGGCGGCGGACACUUGUCGACGCCAGCCAGCGCUGAACUGGAAAAGCUCAGGAGGGAGCUCAUGUACCGUAACAAGAUGAACGAGCAACAGAACCAGGUGGUGUCUCAGCAACGAUUGGCCCUGGCGCAGCGACAAGCGGAGAUGGCGUCGAUCGACGCCAGGAUAGCACAGCUACAGGGUCGUCUUCAGCGUAAGAGGGCCUUGAACCAACGAUUGAGCCAGCAGUUAGGCUCUGGUAACCGUACGAACGUGAACACCGGCUUCGCCGAGUCGAAAUUGGACUUCAACGCUGGUGGAAAGUCGAGACCGGCUGGGAAUAUAGCAGCGAUCGAGCCUUACUCUCACAUACCGAACGACAACGACUUCAAUUUGAAUAAGAACGACCCUAAGUAUCAGACACUGCCGUACAAUACUAAAUUCACGGUGAAUUUCAAGGCUGCCGAGGACGAUGUUAAUAAGAAUAAGAUUCAACACUCUGCCAGUGCUUCGCAGCUGGGUCAGAGGGCGGCGUUUCAACAAUUUGGUCAUCAAAUAGCUCAUAGCCAGUCGCAGUCGCAUAUACAAGGUCAAUCUCAAUUGCUGGGUACGAAUCAACAGCAGCAGCAACAGCAGCACAAUCAGAACGUUUCCAAUCAGCCUGUGAACCUUCAGCAAACCUGCAACAACAACAACAAUAAUAACAACAACAACAACAACAACAGCAACAGUACGAACAACAACAAUCUGAUCAGCUCGUCACACAACUUCAGCCCGGAAGGUUUAUCUCAGAACCUUCGAAUCCAUCAUCAACAGCAGUCUCAAACGCAACAACAGCAACACGGGAACGUUCAACAGAAACAGCACAACGUAGGCUCGUCGGCGUCUAAUCUUGGCACGACAACAGUGUCUAUUACACAAACGCAGAACCACAGAAACCUCCAGACUCAUCAGAAACCAGUGUCGAGCGUUGCGCCAAGUUUCUCCGUCAAGUCUCAGAUCUAUCAGACAUCGUCCACGAAGAUUCACCCUGUGAUGCCGCAGACGUUGAGCCUGAUAGGUCGUGGACACAACAACGGUCAGAAUUUCGUCGGUUUGACCAGUCAAAAUUCUAAUCAACAAUCGAACCAAUCUAUCCCCUGUAAUCAAACGUCGAACCAAGAUCAGACGUACAGUUCUUCAAGGCACAAUUAUCCUGGAAUGCAACACUCCGCGCAGUCGAACACCCACGUGUCGUCUUCUUCCGUCUAUCAAACGCAGAAUUCACCUAAUCCUCCAUCUACCAUUCACACCUCGUCCAGCGGGAGCAGCUUUGGAAAUUCGGUACAGAGGUACGGUCAGAAUCAGCCGUUGACCAGUCCAACGUCCAGCAGCGAACAAUCCGAGAAGAUGAAGUUCGAGCAGGGGAAAAAUCAAGAGAAGUUCGACCACACGUUGCCAGUUAAGCACGAACAGCAGAGGUACGAGGCUAAUCAGGUGUUCAAGUACGAUCCUCAUCAGAUGAAAUACGAGCAUUCCAAGUACGAUCAGCAUGGAAAAUACGAACAGUCGAACAAGCACGAACAGAGUGUGGUAAAUCAGAGUAACAAGUAUGACAACGUGUCGAAGAUAGAGCAGGGAAAGUACGAGACAAGUCAGAAUAAGCACGAUCAAAUUCACGGGAACAAAUACGAUCCUAAUCAGAAUACACAGCAGUACGGUAAGCAUGAUCAGCACGAGGUGAGACCGUGCGCGAAGUACGAUCACAACGCGGGAUUCAAACACGACGGGACGAAUAAGUACGACAACGGAGGACAACAAUUCAAGCAGGAACAAGUGAAGUUCGAGAAUAAUCAGAAUAAGUUCGAGCAGAGUUCCGUGACGAAGCACGAACAUAAUGGAAAGUUCGAGAUCCCGGCGAAGACCGCUGAGAAACCGUUCGAGUUCGACAGGGUGAAGAACGAGAACGAGAGAAAGAGCCUGGGAGAGGACAAAACGAAGCCGGCUCUCCCUCCGAAACCGAGCAAGCCUAAUCCACCGCCGCGAUUGACUCAUCACGAGAAGGUGGACAACGCUAACGAUGGAAUCGGGGACUGCAAGAACAAUUUGGGGAUCGGUGCAAGAGCAGAGAAAGAAGAGGACGCGCCACCGAUUCCAACGUCAGAACCUCCAGAGUCACCCACGGAAACGCAGUUCGGAAAUCAUCAGAUCAUCAAAGCUAGACCUCUGACACUGAAGAAAGCUCCAAUCUCCGAACAGCCGAAACUCCGUUACGCCAAAUCUAAUGUCCACGUGUCGAUAAACCGGCGGAUUGAGAUGCCACCUGCUUUUCUAUUCCCCGAGACGGAGAUACCAGCUGACCUGAUGCAAACGGAACAGCAACAACAAACGCAAUCUCAACAACAACAGCCGCAGAUCAUCGACACAACGGACAACUGUAAGAAGAUCAUAAACGAGGACGUGAUUAGCAAUGAGAAAUUAGAGGAAGCGGAUAUAAUCGACGCGUUGAACGUGAUUAAUAUCGAGGACAAGGCGAAAGCGAAAGAAUCGGAGAGAAGGGGUGAAUUAGAGGCGGAUGGAAAGAACAACGAGGUAAUGAGGAGGAAAAAAGGGAACUUGAAGAGCAGUACAGGAAAGGCUAAUCUAUCCAGACGAGUUUCUUUCGAUCCUCUUGCUCUACUGUUGGACGCUAGCCUCGAAGGUGAAUUGGAAUUGGUGAAGAAGACAGCUAAAGAGGUGGCGAAUCCGAGUUCAGCGAACGACGAGGGUAUCACUGCUCUUCAUAACGCAAUCUGCGCUGGUCACUUGGAGAUUGUCAAGUUUCUCGUCGAGUUUGGCUGCGACGUGAACGCUCAGGAUAGCGACGGAUGGACACCGUUGCACUGCGCCGCCAGUUGCAAUAAUCUAUCGAUGGUGAGAUUCCUAGUGGAACACGGAGCUUGCAUAUUCGCCACCACUCUCUCUGAUCACGAAACUGCCGCGGAGAAGUGCGAAGAGGACGAGGAAGGUUUCGAUGGUUGCUCAGAAUAUUUAUACAGUGUCCAAGAGAAGCUUGGCAUCAUGAACAAUGGACAGGUGUACGCGGUGUUCGACUACGAGGCGCAACACAGUGACGAACUCACCCUGAAGAACGGCGAUUCUUUGGUUGUUCUUCGAAAAGGUGACGACAACGAGAGGGAGUGGUGGUGGAGCAAACUGGGACACAAGGAAGGCUACGUACCUCGGAAUUUACUUGGCCUGUAUCCAAGAGUGCAACCGGCGAAGGUGGACUGAAGCACGCGUCUCGUCCGGCGAACUCGUAAUAUCCGAUGAUUCAUUACCACAGUAUUCGAUUCGCAGCUUUAUCUCGUUAAGUAUCAUAGUUGCAUCGUCGAUCGUUAUCUUAAUUUAAAUCGCGUCCCAUUGUCAUCCGAACGAACCGAACAGAGAACGUUCUAUAUAGUUUUUUAUGUUUCCUUUCCUCUUCGUUCCUUUUUCCUUCUUUCUUCCUUUCUUUCUUUUAGUUUUUCUUCUCUCUCUCCUUUUCUCCCUUAAUUGUAAUGCGAAACACAAGGAAACACACACCGCCUAACAAAGCCCGGAUCAUGGGUGAUGGUCGCUGAUCGUUCACGCGACUUCACGAACAAUUACAGUUUGGUAAAUUAAGUAGCAGGGGAACCGGAGAAAACGAAACAUGAAAUGUGAGAUGUAACGCGCGCGAGAAGUUUCGUUGUGCUUCUCUUACCUUUCCAGGCUAUGAUCUGUUUCUUUUUCUUUCUUUUUUGUUAUUUAAACGAGAAAAAAGGAGGCAAAACGAUAUAAUAAUCGAUGGGAGAAAAGAAGAAAAAGAAAAAAAAACAAACGCUUUUUUGUUAGCCAGUUGUUCCUUUGACCAGACACAGUACAAAAAGAAGAAGAAGAAGAAGAAGAGAAAAAAAUAACUGAAAUUUCAGUCUCUUUGCCCGUGAUUCCGCUUUUAGCCUGACGCAAUUCCACACACAGCUGGAACGUUUUUGUUUUUAAUA